AUGCCUUUCAAACAGUACAAAUAUAUACAUAAUACACGAAAAUCAGGGAAGGGGAUAAUUUUAUAAAUUAUUUAUUUAAACAGUUUUAAGGCUCGUUCGUGUAAGGAAUACAUGGCAGAGAAAAGGGAUAAAAAAAAAAAGUUAAUAUUAUAUGGAAAUAUACGCCCCUUCUAAAAACGAAAAUGUGUCACCGCGACAAAAUAUAUUUGAAUUAAUCGUAGAUAUGAGGUUAUCAAAUUUAGAACCACUAAAAGGGGAAAGUGAAUCUUUGAAACAAAUGUUUGAUUUGAUUGAUGAUGAAAAUCUUCCUUCAAAUGAAUCUCCACAUAAUACAUUUCUUCCAGUAGGAUUUCAAAUAACGAAAGAAACAUUAGGAUACCUUGAUAGAAAUUAUGGCAAGAAUUGUACAAAAAAUUAUCACCAGGAUCUAGAUAGUUCUAUAAUAAAAAGGAAAAGGAAUGGGAAUGAAGAGAUAGAAGAGGAGGAAGAUACGGACGAUGAUGCAAAUGGCAAUGAAGAAGAAAAAGGAGUUGAAGAAGAAGGAGCUGAAGAAGAAUGUAGUGGAGGUGGAGGAACAGUUAGUGUUGUUAAGUACAAGUCAAACCGAACCAAGCCAAACCGGACCGAUGGGGUCGACUUGGUUUGA